UGUUCCUGUUCCGAACGGGGUGAAAGCGCUGUCAAAAUGCCUGAGCCGGCUAAGUCUGCGCCCGCGCCCAAGAAGGGCUCCAAGAAAGCCGUCACCAAGACGCAGAAGAAGGGUGACAAGAAAAGAAAGAGAGCACGGAAGGAGAGCUACUCGAUCUACGUGUACAAGGUGCUGAAGCAGGUGCACCCCGACACGGGCAUCUCGUCCAAGGCCAUGGGCAUCAUGAACUCCUUCGUCAACGACAUCUUCGAGCGCAUCGCCGGCGAGGCGUCGCGCCUGGCGCACUACAACAAGCGCUCGACCAUCACCUCGCGGGAGAUCCAGACGGCCGUGCGGCUCCUGCUGCCCGGCGAGCUGGCCAAGCACGCCGUCUCCGAGGGCACCAAGGCGGUCACCAAGUACACCAGCUCCAAGUAGAGCGCCGCGGAUCCUGUUUUUAACCCAAAGGCUCUUUUCAGAGCCACCCACGUUUUC